UUACUUUUAGAGAAUCAUUGAACUGAAAGCGUUCUCCAAGAGCAGUCACAAACACAGAGAGACUUAAAGCCAGAGUUUGCUGUUGUGCCGGACAAGCAUGGAUUUAAGAGAAUUGUUUUUCAUUUCUCUUGGUGCUGCAGUUGUUGUCUACUAUGGAGUGAAACUGCUGCUUUUCAGUAGGAUGCUUUUUCCAAAAAUGUGGUUUCCAGUGUCAAAGUCCUUUUUCACCUCUAUGGGAGAGUGGGCAGUGGUGACUGGUGCUUCAGAAGGCAUAGGACGAGCAUAUGCAUUUGUGCUAGCUGAGCAAGGAAUGAACGUGGUAAUCAUGAGUAGGACCAAAGUAACGUUGGACCAGGUGGCCAAGGAAAUAGGUGAUACCACAGGGCAGAGGGUGAAAGUGAUAGUAACAGACUUCAUAAAGGAAAACAUCUUCAGUGAAAUUGAGGAUGAGCUUAGGGACCUCAACAUUGGGGUUUUAGGUUGGACUUUUUUCAUUCUUCCAUUCCGUUUGAAACAUUUAUUCACACACCAAAUGCAAGACAAGGGUAAUUAUAGAAAACAGCAAUGUCUAUUGAUCCCCCCCCUUUGUAACUGGAUCUUUCUUUCUACCCCAGUCAAUAAUGUAGGCCUGUUGCCCAGCUUCAUCCCCUGCAAAUUUCUUGAUUGUGCAGAGCUGGACCAGACAAUUGCAAAGGUGAUAAACUGCAACGUAAAAACUAUGGCUAAGAUGUGCAAAAUAAUCCUUCCAGGCAUGGAGAAAAGGGGCAAAGGGGUGAUUGUGAAUAUUUCGUCUGGAGUAGCUUCUAUUCCGUUCCCCCUGUACACCCUGUAUACUGCAUCUAAGGUGUUUGUGGAAAGAUUUUCUCAAGGUCUUCAAGCUGAAUACAAAGGGAUUAUUAUACAGGCAGUGGCUCCAUUUGGGGUCUCCACUCGAAUGGCAGCUUACCAACAAACCGGCGGAGUCACUUUUUCACCAGAAGACUUUGUGAAAAGCGCCCUGCAGUACCUCAGAGCUGGAGACAAAACACAUGGCAGUAUCUGUCAUAUAGUUCUGGGCUGGUUACUGCAGUCUAUUCCUCUCAAGAUUCUCCAUGCAGAGUCUAUGCUACAUAAGCUACAAGACUAUGUCAAGAAGAAAUUAACACAGAAGGCAUCCAUCUCUGCAUCAAGAGCGACUUUUGAAAAUGUUCUGUAAAUUACCAGGAACAGCAAUGUAAAGGAAAUAAAUUAUCAUUAUUUGUAUAUAUAAGCCACCCUCAGGAAAGUACCUUUAUCAAUGGCAUUAUUGCUUUCUGUUUUUAAUGUUUAGCCCAGUUUAUACGGCGGUUUUCUGUCGUUUUUAAAAAAUGUUCCACUUCCCUAGCUCCUUGUUUAUCCCUCUUUACAUCUCCGCUUCAUUCCACAUUUACUGAGUCUGUUCUAUUGAAAAAAUUCUUUCAUUUAUUGUCAUUGUCAUAGAGGUGUUAAUUCAAUUAUUUUUUAGCAUUAAGGUUAUAGUUGUACUGUUGUUGUGGUGUUGUACUGGUCUGUAUUAUAUUGAAAUGUGUUUCUAGUUCCCUGACCUUGCUCAUGUAUGUAAAUAGGGAGGACUAAAAAAUCAGAAACAUCUCACAAUAUAUUGUAGUCCUGUAAAACAAACCUUUAGCAAUGACUUUGGUAAUGAUGAUUUAUUUGAACUUAUUUACUUGUAAUUUUUGUCGAUACAUCUGCUUGAUUUUAUAGUGAGAAGUGACAUUUAUGGACGUCUAUUUUGAUAUAUUUUGAUUCAGAUUAAACAUCAGAUAGAAAACAAAAAAUUAAAUCAACAAAUCCUCAAAUACCUUUACACAGUAAACAUCGUUAGACAGAUGUGUAAAUGCAAUUUACUAGCUCGUGUUUUCAAACUACAUUUCCUUUAAUAUUAACAUUAAUUCUGAUGCACCCCACACACAAACACACACACACACACUCCUGUAACUGUCAUUAGCAUCUUCCUUUUCUCUCUGAGAUGGAGGAAACGUUUGAUCAGUUGAGUACACCACCAGACAGCUUCGCUAUGGUGUCAGUCACAUUUCUGAAAUCCACAAAACCAGUUGGGGACCGAAGAGAAUUGAUGAGCUUCCUACCUGAUUCCUGAGAAAUGAGAGUACACUGGAGACCAGGGUUUGAUAGCCUGCUGUUUACAGGAUGAUGUACAGUGUUUAAAGCAUGCAUGGCCAUUCCCUCAUCUGUGCACGCACACAUGCAAAGAGCAGAUUCACACAAGCAUUUGAAUUAGUAUGUGCUACCGAGAUGUCUGACCUAAACGAGUCACUUAUCACGGGGUGACGUGGCUGUUUAGGCAGCCUUGAUGAACAAUCCUCCCCAUGAGAGACAGUGCAGGGAAUAGGAAAAGUGAGAGAGAGAGAGAGAGAGAGAGAGAGAGAGAGAGAAGCAGGUUCAGAGUGACCCUGAGCUUAGAUCAUCCAUGCCUGGCCUCACUGUUUAAAAAAGGCAAAGAAUAAUUCAUGUACACAUGAGAAUAGUCUUUAUUCAUAGCUAUUGAGACAGGAACAGCAUUUUUACAACAAUUAAAACAAAACAAAAUCAUAUACAGUAAAAGCAUAUCUAUAGUUUUAUUAAAGGUAAGCUUUAAAAUGUUUUUGAUUUUGCCAGCUUCUAUGGCCCACAGUAAUUAAAAUAGGCCUUUUAAGUUAUGGUUUUUAUAUUAUGGAAUUAUCAACAACUAUUAUAUUUGACCUGGCAUUUUAGUCUUUGGGAUGCUUUCUCGGAUGUGUUAGUUUCACUUUAGCCCUCCCGGUACUGAUAUGUAUGUGAAUAAUAAAUCUCUGAAUGUACUUUUGCAUAUAUUUUUUACCUGGAUGAAUGUUAACCUGCAGUUGAUUAAUCUCGUAACAUCCAGUUUCAUUUGAUUCCAUCUUUAAGUGAUUUAAGGAUGGAAACAUAGCCUAGUUCCAGUCACACUGUUUUUGUAUCAUUGCUGCACCGUUUCAUUAAAUCAUAAAUUCAG